AUGCCUCGUGGAAACGGUCCUGCCUCCAAAGUCCAUUUCAAGGGCAACUCUGAUGACUUUAUCGUCUUCGUCGAAUCUCCCGAAGAUCUAGAGGCAUGGAAGAAGGACAAGUCUAUCCCUCUUGUACAGGUCGUCGACAGCUUCAAGAUUCUUGUGUCACACAAACAUGGUGCUCAGGGAGAGCUAGACACUGCCAGCAAGGCCAGCCUUGAGAACGAGUUCGGAACCACCAACGAAGAUGAUAUCGUGAAGAAGAUUCUUGAAGAGGGCCAGAUCCAGACCUCAUCUACCUCCCAACGAACCGGUGUCCGCAAUGAGACAAUGGGUCCAAGACAAGCCCACGGUACCUCCUAG